CUGGCCAAAGACUGAGAUCUUUCCAUGACUAUCAGUCACAUGAUCACUUACAGCCACAGAUGCAAUUGGGAGAUUUUGAAUUUGUUAAUAGGGGUCGUGGGCAGAGGUCGAGACCUUUCAAUGAUCACCAACCUCGCAAUGACUUGCAAACAGAGAUGCAACCAAAAGAUUAUGAUAAUAAAGGUCCUGGACAAAGGCGUAGACCUUUUCAUGACCAUCAGCCUUAUGAUGACUUACAGGAACAGACUCAGUUAAAAGAUUCUGAUUAUGUUAAUAAAGGGCAUGGACAAAGGCCAAGACCUUUUCAUGAUCAUCCAAGUCAUGAUGACUUGCCACGUGAAUGGUGUUCAGACAGAAGUCAAUCUUUCUCUUCCCAUGAAAAUGUACCAGAACCUCAUUUCUCCUCAUCUCCUUCACUUCACAGAGAUUAUGGGUCUGAUAAUGAUGACUUUAACAGAAGUUAUAGUAAUCGACCAAGUUGUCCCGAAGACAAUAGGAGACCAAGUUGUCCUGAAGACAAUAGGAGAAUGCAUCCCUCAGGUGAAUUUAAUAGAGGAAAAAACAGAUUUGCACCAUAUUCUUCACGAACAAUGCAUCCAUCUUCAUCUGUGCACCAAGAAGAUAGUUCAAUAGACUAUGAAAGAAAACCUUUUCAAGGUGAAACUACCAGAGAGAUGGAACAAUGUAAAAGAUUACCAGUUGUAACAGUUGAUUACAAUUAUGGUCUGCCAUUAGACUAUGGACCUGAAGAAGAAGAGAGAACACAAUAUGAUUUACCUCCAAGAGACCGCUACAACUGGAACUGAAUAAAUAGGACAGUGUUUGCUCAGCUUAGACCUACCCAUUUUACUUUGUAUGGGGACCAAUUUUUUUUUUU